GUGAUACUGGCGCCGCCUAUAAAACUACAACCGUGGAGUUUUGUAGAAUAAGUCAGAAGAAGUAAUGUUCAUGUAGGUUUGCUAAUAAUCUUGGUGAUGUACAAGAGGGUGGUCAUCAAUAAGCCAGAUUUCACCUAUCUGAAAACCAAAUUAGAUUUUGAAGAAAAUACUGAAAACUUCACAAUUGAUGCCAUCCUUUUCAAGUAUGUGGUAAAACAAGCAGUUGGAUUUGUCUUUGGAGAGGUUGGUGGUAGUCUAAAUGUUGAUGUUUUGAAAUACUCAAUCAAGGAAAGAGAAGCAAUUUUAAGGGUCCGUACAAGUGCCGCUGUGCAGUUGCAGAGUGCAUUGAGCCUAUACAGUUCAUACAAGGGAAAGUUGUGUGCAUUCCACACUUUACAGGUCUCUCCACAUUUGAUUUCUUUGGCUGUUAACAGUCGACAUAUUGACGUGUAGUGUGAGAUUGACUUGUGGGUUAAGGAAAUGUCAGACCCGUACGGUAGUGUGGCCUCAGGAUCCCUGAAGCUUAAGGGAGUGUCUGAUCACAAAAUAAAGAAAAAGAAGAAGAGGAAGGACAAAGAGCUAAAACAAAUGGUAGAGAACACUGUCAAGGAGGAUGGAGACAGCCUACAGGAGGGUUGUUCUUCACAAGUUGUAGUGAAAAAGGGGUAUGUCGACAAGCGAACGAAAGCAGAGCUAGCUUUUGAGAGGGUUAAGCAAAAGCGCCAGGAAGAGGAGAUCCUUGAAAAAGCAAGCAAGACUCACAAGGAAAGAAUCAUGGAUUUUAAUCGACAUUUAGAUAACCUAACAGAACAUUUUGACAUUCCCAAGGUCAGCUGGACGAAAUGAUCAAUCAUUAUUGAUUCUCAGUCUGGGGUGAACUGGAAAACAUUUACUUCCAUUAUAAAGUGUUCAUGAAGAGAAUAUCUCAUCAUUUGCCUGAAGAAUAUUCUCUUUUAUAAUGAAUCAUAGGCUACAUUCAUGAACAUGAUUUUUUGAACACCUUACUUCACUGAAGAUGAGAACAAGAGUUAGAUCUCCAUGCUUGAACAGAUUUGGUGGAGAAAAGUAUUUGCUGCUUAUGAAAGAUGCAUUAUUAUUGUAUUUUAAAUACCCUAUAUGAAUAAAUAUAUAAGACAGUCCUACUUGUUCGAUGAUGAUCGAUGUUCCAUUCAGAAUGUGUUAAUGUUUUGUUGUGGGAUGAAGACAGUCACCGGUAAAGGUGUUCCUUGAUGUGAAGGGAAGGGAUGUCUUCUCCCUCAGAUUUUACCCAAAUAAAAUAAGUAUGUACACUUCAAGUUCAAAUUGUUUUGAUGGUCUGCUUCGGUGUAAGGCACAGUCGUACUAUUCUUUGCAGUUAAAUGUAUAAGUACAAGUGAUAACAUGGUGACGCUUUAGGUUUUCUUGUGCGGAAUUUUACUCACUGUGAACCACGAUUUCUUGGUUCUUAUGCUAAAUCACAAAACUAAAAAGGCAUGCUUUUCAACCUUUAUCUGGGAUACUUUAUCGAUCCAUAUGUACGUGUGGUCUGGAGAUGUCUUGCAUUUUCUGGAGGGUAUCGCAAAAAGUAUUGCUUUAUUGAGCUCAGGUUGCGCAUACAUGCGAACAAUAACAUGAUAAGACUGUACGCAUUAUUUAUGCUAUGUGUGCAUAUUAAUCACGGUAAAUAAUAAAAAUCAUGACU